CUCGUCAUGGCAGACUUACUGCUACUGAUGAUGGGUGCUCUCUCUAACGAUGUUACUGUAUUCUCCCGCUAUGCAGGUUUUUACAAGUGCAUCCAGUCCUCAAGUGAUGUCACCGCCUGGUGCAUUAAUAUCCUCGAGACAUCCCUCACGAUUAAGCUAAUUGUUUGAUCUUUGCUUCUGGUUCUUUUCUUGCCUCUGUUCUUAUUCAUGUGCACUAAGGACAGUUAGGAUAAUGGCAUUACCAAUGGUUAAGAAAGGUUGUGGUUGACCAGAAGCAUGACUAUGAUACCAAGAAUGAGCUUGCAGCCUAAAGAGCAACCAAAAGAAAAAGAAAGAAUGCUAAUCUGAGUAAAGCUGCUCAUCGUACAGUAUUUU